AUGACCGCGGCAAAGAUUGACGGAACGGCAAUUGCUAAGAAAGUACGCGAGCAACUGCGCGUCGAGAUUGUCGAGAAGAAGAACGUCAACGCACGUUUCCAGCCGUCCCUCAAGAUCAUCCAAGUGGGAGACCGUUCUGAUUCUUCAACUUAUGUACGCAUGAAGUUAAAAGCCGCUGAGGAGUGCGGCAUAUCAUGUGAGCUCAUCAAGUUCGACGAGUCGGCCACUGAGGCCGAGCUGGUUGCCCGCGUCGUCGCCCUCAACCACGAUUCGACGGUGCACGGCAUCUUGGUGCAACUCCCUCUUCCCAAGCAUGUCUCUGAGUACAAUGUCACCUCGGCCGUUGCGGGCGAGAAGGAUGUCGACGGCUUUGGCACUCACAACAUCGGCGAGCUAGCCAAGCGCGGCGGCCGCCCCUUCUUCAUCCCCUGCACUCCCCAGGGUGUCAUGGUACUUCUUCAGGAGGCUGGUGUCGAGCUGGCCGGUAAGAACGCCGUUGUGCUCGGGAGGAGCGACAUCGUCGGCAGCCCUGUUAGCUACCUGCUCAAGAACGCCGACGCUACGGUGACCGUCUGCCAUUCCAAGACGAAGAACCUGGACCAGUACCUCAAGAAUGCCGACGUGCUCGUCGUCGCCAUUGGCCAGCCCGCUUUUGUCAAAGGCGAGCAGCUCAAGCCGGGCGUUGUUGUCAUCGAUGUGGGCACCAACUACAUCCCCGAUGACACGAAGAAGUCGGGCCAGCGCCUUGUGGGCGACGUCGACUUCGAGUCUGCCUCCCAGGUUGCUUCCCACAUCACCCCCGUCCCCGGCGGCGUCGGCCCCAUGACCGUCGCCAUGCUUCUCAAGAAUGUUGUGGACGCUGCGACACAGUCGUAUGAGGCCGAGAAGCAGAGGCACAUUGUGCCUCUCCCCCUGAAGCUCCUGGAGCCCGUCCCAUCUGAUAUUGCCAUCUCGCGUGCGCAGGCCCCCAAACCCAUCACGCAGAUUGCCAAGGAGAUUGGUGUCUCUCCCUCCGAGCUGGAGCCGUAUGGAGCGUACAAGGCCAAGAUCGACCUUGACCUGUUGCAGCGCCUUGAUCAUCGCCGGAAUGGCCGCUACGUUGUCGUCACGGGCAUCACCCCUACGCCGCUGGGUGAGGGUAAGUCGACGACCACCAUGGGUCUGGCCCAAGCACUUGGUGCCCAUCUUGGCCGUGUGACGUUUGCCAAUGUGCGCCAACCCAGCCAGGGCCCGACCUUCGGGAUCAAGGGUGGUGCUGCCGGCGGUGGUUACAGCCAGGUCAUCCCAAUGGACGAGUUCAACCUACAUCUGACGGGCGACAUCCACGCCAUCACCGCUGCGAACAACUUGCUCGCCGCGGCCAUCGACACGCGCAUGUUCCACGAGAGCACCCAAAAGGAUGCUGCUCUUUACAGGCGUCUGGUCCCUGCCAAGAACGGCAAGCGUGCGUUCGCGCCCAUCAUGACGCGCCGUCUAAAGAAGCUGGGCAUCGACAAGACGGAUCCCGACUCCCUGACUCCUGAGGAGAUUACCCGGUUUGCUCGUCUUGACAUCGACCCGGAGACCAUCACAUGGCGCCGUGUUCUCGAUGUCAACGACCGUCACCUGCGCGGCAUUAUCAUCGGUAACGCGCCCACGGAGAAGGGCCACAGCCGCCAAACCGGUUUUGAUAUCUCGGUCGCCAGUGAGUGUAUGGCCAUCCUUGCGCUGAGCACCAGCCUGAGCGACAUGCGGGAGCGCCUUGGCCGGAUGGUGGUGGCCAGCUCCAAGAGCGGCGACCCCGUCACAUGCGACGACAUCGGCGCCGGCGGUGCGCUCACGGCCCUGAUGAAGGACGCCAUCAAGCCGAACCUGAUGCAGAGCUUGGAAGGUACUCCCGUCUUCGUGCACGCCGGCCCCUUUGCCAACAUCAGCAUCGGCAACAGCUCUAUCCUGGCCGACAAGAUGGCCCUGAAGCUUACCGGGACGGAGCCGGACGAGGACCACGCGGCCAAGACCGGCUUUGUGGUCACCGAGGCCGGUUUCGACUUCACCAUGGGCGGUGAGCGGUUCUUCAACAUCAAGUGCCGCACCUCCGGGCUCGUCCCAGACGUCGUCGUCGUGGUAGCCACCGUCCGCGCCCUCAAGGUGCACGGCGGCGGCCCCCCCAUCGCACCCGGCGCCGCCCUCGACCCCGUCUACAAGCAAGAAAACGUCGAGAUCCUCCGCGCCGGCUGCGUCAACCUGGCCAAGCACGUCGCCAACGCCAAAUCCUACGGCGUCCCCGUCAUCGUGGCCAUCAACAAAUUCUCCACCGACACCCAAGCCGAAAUCGACGUCAUCCGCGAGGAGGCCAUCAAAGCCGGCGCCGAAGACGCAGUCCUCGCCAACCACUGGGCCGAAGGCGGCAAGGGCGCCGUCGACCUCGCCCGCGCGGUCGUCACAGCCGCCGAGCAACCCAAAGACAACUUCAAACUCCUCUACUCCCUCGACGGCACCGUCCAAGAACGCAUCGAAAAAAUCGCCCGCGACAUGUACGGCGCCUCCGCCGUCGAGUUCAGCGAGCUCGCCCAAAAGAAGGUCGACACCUACACCCGCCAGGGGUUCGGCAACCUGCCCAUCUGUGUGGCUAAGACGCAGUACUCUCUUAGCCAUGACCCGGAUCUCAAGGGCGCGCCGACGGGGUUCACGGUGCCGAUUCGGGAUGUGCGCAUGGCGGCUGGCGCGGGGUAUUUGUAUGCGCUAGCGGCGGAUAUUCAGACGAUUCCGGGGUUGCCGACGGCGCCGGGGUAUUUGAAUGUUGAUGUGGAUGCUGAGACGGGGGAGAUUGAUGGGCUGUUUUAG